CGGCGCACUUGUCGGUCUGCGUCGCAUUCUGGACAGGACGACCUUUUUCACUGCUUCUGACGGAUUUCGUUAAAGCGACUUGAAAACAAAAUCGUUUUGUUGCGUUGGAAAAGGCGAUAAAGACGCGUCUAGAGAGUUUAAUUGUCAUUUUAGGGAGUAAUUCCGUGCCUCUGUGUUUGGAAUUAGUGUUUAGUUUGGUUGUGUUUUAUGGAGCUAGUCACGUCAGCUAGCUUGUGUUGGAAUUAGCUGCAGGUUUGGCGUUGGCUAGCAACGCUAAUUAUCUAGCAGCACGUAGCUGUUUAUUAUUGUUGUUGUUGUUUACUGCGUGCAUUUCGAAUCGUAUUUGAUUUGUAUUUAUGUUAAGCACAUUUUAAGUGUCUAACACUAAGGACAAUGCUAACGCUAACGCCAAUGCUAGGUGCCCCGUUGGCACAGAAUAGGACUGAGCUAGUCAUUUUGUGCACAAUUCUUGAAUAAUCAGAAAUAAUUUAAAUUACACACACACAAAAACAAAACAACAGGUUGUUUAUUUCUUGGGCAGGAUUAAAGCAACAUCAGUGCACGGGUUGUGUGAUUCUGUAAAUACCAGUGCUACUGGAAUCCCAUGCAUCUAUUCCUGCAAUAAUAAUAAUAAUAAUAAUAAUAAUAAUAACGGACAAGCUGGUGAUCUCGGUGCUGAUGCAAAGUUGGUGCAUGAAAACUUUGAAUGCAGAAAAUGUGGGUUUAAUGCAUUUUAAUUCACGUGUGCAUUGCUGUUAAGUGUGUGUGUGUGUGUGUGUGUGUGUGUGUGUGUGUAUAUAGAGUAACACGCCACAUAGGCAGGGUUAAUGAUACACGCGUUGCUGUUCAUGCAAACAAGGAAAUGAUAUAAGAGAAGGUAAGAAGAAAAAAAAACGCCAACUGUACGGAAGAGGCGUGUGCGUGUGUGUGUGUGUGUGUGUGUUCAGAUCGUUUGAAUGAAACACGAAAAGCAUCCGUUUUACUCAAAUGUGCGCUCCCCCCCCCUUCUUAGACAAGUGAGUAGCCCAGCGGCUGCAGAGUAGUAAACCGUCCAGUCUCGCGCGCGUUCUCUUUCCUUUUUUCUUCUUCUUUUACGUUUUCUUUCGGUUCGGUUCGGUUCUUUCUCUCGCGCCAUGGUCGGGUUGGGAGCGAAUCGUCGCGUCCCGUCCUUCGUCCUGGUCGGCAUGAUGGUGGUGCUGAUCCUGCUGAGCUACAACUACUGGAGCGUGUCGCAGGAGCACCAGCGCGCGAUUGACGAGCUGGUCGAGGUGCACGCGCAGGUGAAGCGCACCGACGCCGCGCGCACCCGCCUGGAGAAGCGGAACUCCGAGCUCAUGCUGCAGGUGGACACGCACCGGCGUCAGAUCGACCAGAAGGACGGUGACUAUAGCAUGCUGGAGGGCAAACUGCAGGCGCAGGACGUACUUGUGAAAAAGUGUACGGAUGAAAAGAUGAGGCUGCAGAGUGAACUUGCACAAAAGACCACCGAUAUUAACCGCCUGAAAGAGCAGGUGAAGGAGAUGAGGGAUGAGCUUAUUAGGCAGGAGGAGCAGCUGAGGGAGGUGAAGAAGAACAACACUAACCUUGAGAGGAAGAUGGAGUAUGAGAGCCUGCAGUGUGGCCGUCAGAUAGCGCAGCUUAAAGACGAGUACGAGGAGAGCAAGAAGCUUCUGGAAGAGAAAGCUACCAAAUUAAAAAAGGAAACGGUGGACGCGCGUAAAGCCGGCACGGUGGUCACUCAGGCUGAGCGCGGUACAGAGGCUGCAGGAGCGCACCACCUAGUGGCCGGACAGCGUCAUGACAACCCUGAUAUAAAAGAUGAUUUGGUGAAACCAGGAAGUGAUGCUGGAAUGCCCGGUAUUGAAGACAGUGAAGUGGGAAAGGUAGAAGACAUGCAGUUUGCCCUGAAAAAGCCAGCCAUCACAGCGCAGAACAUGGAGCCAGUGGAGCAGGACAAACAGCCUGGAGCUGGAGCUGGAGCUGGUCCUGAUGCUGGUCCUGAUGCUGGAGCUGAUGCUGCUAUUGACACUAAAGUAAGAGCAGGAGCUGGUGCUGGAGAAGGACCUGGGUUCGAUGCUCCUCGUGGUCUCCCUCUGGACCGUCCCGACCUUCCGCAGGAUGGAGGGGCAGCAAAAGGUCUCCCAGAAAUCCAGCAGCAGGUUCCCCAGCCGGUCGUAGACAGACCUGUGGCGUUGAAUGAAGGCAAUAAGGCAGCGGUCCAAGCAGACGAGUUCGGAGAGCAGCAGCGCCAGAUGAGAGAUCCUGAAAAUCCGGGAGCAGCGCUGCCUCCUCCGCCGAAUCCUGCUCAUGUUCUGCCCAACCCCAUGGACCCUCAGCGAGACGCCGCCCCCGCUGCACCACUCCGACAUCGGCAGAGCCGCUUCUUUGACGAGAACGAGUCCCCCGUAGAUCCGCAGCGCAACUCCAAGCUGGCGGACUACAACGGGGACGACGGCAACGUGGGCGAGUAUGAAGCCGACAAGCAGGCCGAGCUGGCCUACAACGAGGAGGAGGACGGCGACGGCGGCGAGGAAGACGCCCAAGACGACGAAGACCGGGAUGCUCCAGGAGAUCGCGGCGUGGACUACGGCAAGCGACACCAAGCCAUCGACAUCCUGUAGCCUCGGUCCGGAGUCUCAGAUCGACACGUCAUCCAUAUUCACACGUGCAAGAUUGGAUUCGUGGGGGGAAAAAAAUAAUAAUAAAAGAUAAAGGAGAAUUUACUUGAACCUGCUCGUUAGCCGGAGCUGUAUUUCAACGUGGCGUGGAUACGGACGUUUCCGAACAACUUUUUAAGAAGCAUUUGGGGUUUUUUUUUUUUUUUUUUUAAAUCACUGACUUGAAAUGGAUUUAAAACUAUGUGAAGGACGUGUAAAAUGACUAAUGUGCACAUGUGUAUAUAUUUAAUAUGUACAUUAGAAAGUUGUUUUGUUCUUUUUCCUGUUAAACAGAUUGUUUGUUUUUUCUCUCAAGUCUAAAGCAGGCUUUUCGACACGCGUGCCUGCUGACGAGUUUAUUUUUUUGCAUUUUAGUUUAUUAUUUACAUUUUCUUUUAACGACUAAUUUAAGCUGACGGUUCCCGUCGCGCUGUCGUGGCCGCGGUUCUAGUGAAAGGACCUGAACUCGCAUCAGAACGAGAUCAUUACAGAGGAUACAGUUUCUAUCUUCUUUUUUUUUUUUUUCUGUUCCCCGAACGCUGACGUUUCGUUUUUCAGAAACGCUGCAUGGGGAGAUUUCCUCUUAUCCCCCCCACAUUUCUUCUUUCUUCAUUCUUCCUUGCUUUGAGACACAUGGACAAUAAAUUGUACAGGACUCUCACAAGUCAUUUGAAAUGAAUAUACAGUGACUCAACAGGUGAAUUUUAUUUUUUAUUUUUUUGGAAGGAUUUAUUUAAUUUUUUGCAUGUGAGUAAUUGGAUAUUAGCCUCCAGAACUACAGAAAUACAAAAAGCAAUACACUGUACCACAGCAGAG